ACUUUCUUCACCGCUGCUUACUCCCUUCUUACUUUCAUGUGUUUCAUAUCCCUUUGUCUGAUAGCUUCCAUGUAGUUUAUAUGUUUGUAGUACAUGUUGUUCAACAAAAUCUUGAUAGUUUCACUUUUGUUGGCAGUUUUGUUCUGCUAAGCCAAGUGCCCAUCAUGCCCGUGACCAAAGUUCCUGUGGUGCACAAAUUUGGAAUCAUCUCCUACAGCCAACGCUUGCAGUUACAGGAGAGGUUGCUUAAACAGUCUUUUCCAGAAGUACAAGGCUCUAAACAAUCAGCUGUACACACAUCAAGACUUCCACUGGAAAUAACAGAGACCUUCAUACAGCAGUACAACAAUGCUAAAGGACUGGAUGAGUGUGAGAAGUUUGAGGACCUGGCUCAGAAGAUGCUGGAGAGGAUUAAGAGACGUACUGGAGUAAGGGUAGGUUCUCAGGGUCAGCACAUUAACCUUCCCUUGGCCUGGACAGAACUCUCCCAGCUGGCUCAGUGUAAAGGGUCCAUCCAGGAAGAUUGCCUGGAUGUGUUGAUUAUCUCCCUGGAUCAAGCCCCUCUAGAGCACUGUCACAUCCCUGCACUGUUCUUCCUGGCUGAGACAAUGCUGUAUUGGCUGAGAACAGAUGUCAUUCACCAGCCAUAUCUACGGACAGCUGAGAUCAAACUACUGAGAAUGGGCCAACUUGUAUUCACACGCCUGUUUUACCAUCACAUGGCGGGAGAACUCAGGGAGGAGAAGGAGUUCAAGGAGCGACUCUUUACCUACCUAGACGGACUAAAGGAUUACCAGGAUGCGUACCGCCCAUAUCCCAAUGCCCUGCUUUCCUUACGGUUUGUCAUUGCGGUGGGGAAGAUCAUCUUGUCUGAUUUGGAUCUGGUUACCGCACAAGCAAAGGAAGAGAAGUCUUCAUCUGACCAGCCAGACCAGGAAAAGGGGAGUAAGCCACAAACUGUGCACAAAGAGAGACAGAAGCUACCGGUAUCAGCCUCAUCCACGCGGAAAGUAACGACCCCCAAGUCCUUGGCCUCAUCAUCUAGAGCCACACGCUUCUCAUUCCACAGUCGGCCAGACUCCACCACAUGGGACUCUAAGCUGUUCUCCACUGUGUCAAGUAAAGCUUGUGAUGCUCACUCUGCAUGCUGGGGCAACAGCGGAGCUCUGAGUAGCAGUAUCCACGACCUAAGCCCCACCCUGUGGCACUCCCUGGAUGUCUGGAGGUGCACCAAUCAUCUGGGCAGAGGGCUCAGUCAUGCUCUCCGAGCAUUGGCUUGUUGUGCAAGCGGAUUAGCCAAUGAAACCUGGAUUGACACAACCUGUUCCAUGUUGAUCCUGGCUGAAGCAGCUAAAUCAAACUUGGCUGCUCUAAAGGUGAUGCAAAACCUGGCCAAAGGGGAGAUUCCCCAAGACUUCCAGGACUCCCCACCAAGCAGCAGGCACACUGAGGAGUCAGAUACAUUCAGCAUGGAGAAUGGUGACUGUGGCGAAGAGGAUUCACCAGUGAGUGAUACCAGCUCUCGACCCUCCCUCAGUGAUAUAUUUGAGCGUAGUGAGGAAGGGGAGACAGAGUCGAGGGUGAAGCCUUCAGAAAUCGACUCCUCCCCUGACAGUUUCCAGGAACAACAACAUGUGACAGCAGAGUCACCCAUGCAGGACAGACCAGGCAAGGUGCAAGAUUGUACUGGUGACGGUGGUCAAGAGCAGAGGUGUCAAGAGGAUGGCUCACCAGACAUUGAACAUUCUAGGCAGGAAGAUGGGGCACAAGUCACCAGAGGUUUUGCUGAGGCCAAAAGUAAUGAUUCUGACCUGGAUGGAAAGGGUUCUAAACCAGAUGGGAAGGGUUCCAGUCAUAAGGAGGAGGAUUCCAAAUUGGAUGGGAAAGGUUUCAACCAACCCGAGGAGGGUUCUAAGCUAGAUGGGGAAGGUUCCAGCCAAGAUGAGGAGGGCUCUGUACUGGAUGGGAAUGGUUCUAGUCAAGAAGGGAAGGAUUCCAGAGGAAAUGAGAGACCCAAACCCGUCCUGCGUGACCCAGGUGUGAGUAAACACAACACUGGCAGAGAAGUCUCCUUUGAUGAGAACAUCCAGUUGGCUGUGGUGGAGGAAUUGAACACCUCAGAUCCAGCCGUUAGUGCUGGUCUGUCUGCCAGUAAGGAGGAAGCCCAGUCCUGUGUGGAUUUGGCUCACCAAUCACAGGAGGACUCCUCGGUGCUAGAUGCCCUGGACACUAAUAAAAGAACUGGUCACAGACAGGACUCUGCGGAUCUGUCAGGACGAGGCUCGAGGGCUAGCUCAGCGCCUACCUUCACCAACCAAGCGAGUGUGGUCAGCCCUGGUCUCCAUGGCUGGCAUUGGGAGACGGGCAUCAUGUACACAGAGGUCAUGGCAGACAUUUGCCUCCACGGCAGUUCCUCCCACAUACAGAAAAGAGCUUUGGUCGGGGACAACGAGGAUUUCCGUGAAGUGUUGAGACGACGGAUCACGCAGAUGCCCCUGUCCAGUGCAGGGUUGUUAGACUUGGCAUUUUUCCACUCCGCAACUGAUUCGAAGGAUGGCAGUGAGAAUGACUGGAGUUGGAGGAUUCGUUAUGGUGCCAUCCACUCCUUGGUAAAGAUCUGCCGCUGUCUGACCAAUGACAAGGCUAAGGAAGGUCUACGGAAUGUGGCCUGGGCCACACUUAUUCACGCCCAUUCCAAGGAGAAAGACGACAGAGUCCUGGAGGCUCUCAAAGUGGGAGAGGUACACAGUACUUUAGAGAGUCUGGCUGGAAGUCACAUGGCAACACCUGCUAAUGUGAUCGGAGGGAGGAUUGCAGCCAGACUGGCCAGCAUAUAUUUACCUCCCCUUCCCUGCCCUGUCAGCAUCCCUACUUCUAAGAAGAGCCGAACUCGCAGGUCGCGAUACCCAACCAGUGUCAAGACAGACACCCACUCUCGACAGCCACUGAGAACAUCCCUCAGGGAUGAGGUUACCCUGGCCACAGCGCUACAUCAACCACAGCCCAGCUUUAACGUUCGUAUGAGCUUUGACUUGCGGCGUAUUGUGGAGGACCAGUGGCGUAAAGAGCUGCAGGCUGGUUUGGAUGAAGAGGAGAGUGGUCGUCAAGAAGCAUUGGAACGUGAGCAGGCGGCAGAGGAGAGGAGACAGCGACGGCUGGCUGAGGACAAAACCAGAAAGUUCACACAAACAGCUACAUAACCUGAUCUACAUAUAUCACAAACAGCAAACCAAGAUUACUGAGAAUUACUCCCCUUUACCACUAAGUGGCACAUCAGCGGAUGUUAGAGCUAAUAAACAAAACUGCUGACAGUAUCAGAGAGGUAUAAUAAUUGAAGUGAACUUGACAAGUGUGGCUUGUUUCUUGUUUCAUUUUAACAUAAUGAUUUAUAUUUGUUAUACUUCACAUAUUAUUAUUAUUUUGUAUCUUAUGGACUGUUACAUGGAACAUACAUAUACACAUGUGGAUUGUGGUAUUUUUAUAGACUGUUGUGUGGACUGUUGGAUGGAACAUACAUAUACACAUGUGGAUUGUGGUAUUUUUAUAGACUGUUGUGUGGACUGUUGGAUGGAACAUACAUAUACACAUGUGGAUUGUGGUAUUUUUAUAGACUGUUGUGUGGACUGUUGGAUGGAACAUACAUAUACACAUGUGGAUUGUGGUAUUUUUAUAGACUGUUGUGUGGACUGUUGGAUGGAACAUACAUAUACACAUGUGGAUUGUGGUAUUUUUCCCAGCUGUGGGAGUUGAAAGUAUGUGUAUCACAAUAUUACACCAGUUUCACUGGAAUGCUUUUAUGCUCUGUUGAUUACAAUUUUUACGGCUAGCCACAACUGAAGGUAAUAUUGUUUUUAAUACCAACGUUUUCAAUAAUUACGUGCAAAAAUUUGUUACUUGUACAAGAAGUAUAUGACCAUUUCUCCUCUCAUAAUACAAUGUAACCACUUUUUCCUUGUAAAAGGUUAUUGUUCAGGAAGAGAACAGCUGCUGU